GGGAAAUCCGUUUGCAUCCAACGAUCCACGUUCCUGAACAUUGUUUUAGACCGACUUGUAUCCCUCCCCCAACAAUAUUAAAAAAUUGCUGAUUAGUGAACAAGUGGUUAGAGCCGUCGCGAAAAUGAAGAGAAGAGAGAAAGUGAGAUGUACAUGAACACUCCCCCCCGCUGCUCGCAUUGCACGACACUCACCCUCAUGGCUGGAUAAGUCAGGUCAGCCCAGAUAGGUGAGUGUGAUGGAGGUACAGAGUGCGGGGGCAAAAAGCGGGUGGUGGUCUGCGCACACUCUUGCUAUCCAUGGUCGAUCUUGGCAGACGGAGCAGAGUAAGUCUGAAAUUGCCUUAUUCACUAGUUGGAGCUGACAAUGUUGAGCCACUGUAAAUGGUAAUCAGCCGCUGUUGCCUGACUAGGGUGAGAUUUUUCUUUCAGUCGUGGACUUUUGUCAGCAUGGCAUUCUUUUACAGCUACUGGAUGUCAUGUUCAUCACCUACUAUGGGUUACAAAAUCCAUCAAUGUCAUUUUUCCAUUGCAUAAUCCCUCGCUUCACUUUCUAGCAACAGUUCCGAUUUCCCAUCAAAUGCAGGCUAACUAAACGCAAAGAGAAA